AUAGGAGGAAGACGAUUACUUUCCACAGAAAGAAUUCGGAGAUGGGUUCAUUAGGGGAAACAAUACCUGAAGAAACUUGUACCAAACCUCCUGGAAUUCGGUUCUUAGAGUACAUAAAGAACUCUGCUAUAUCAUUCAGAGCCUACCAGACCAUUGUCCUAAUUGUCACAUUUUUAGCUUACGCUAGCUAUCAUGCCACUCGAAAGACCACAAGCAUAGUCAAGAGUACCCUUGACCCUAAAGCAUCCCAAGUGAACUUGAACUUCUCUCCAUGGCCAAGGAACCACUUCCAAAGAUCGACCGAGAACAAAUCAGUCUCGACUGUCCUCAACAGUGGUUGGGCGCCUUUUGAUGGAUCAGAUGGCUCUGCUAUGCUAGGGGAACUGGAUGUAGCUUUCCUUGCAGUUUAUUCCUUGGGAAUGUAUUUUGCUGGACACUUGGGGGAUCGGUUGGAUUUGAGGAUCUUCUUGACAGUGGGAAUGGUUGGGACUGGUCUAUUUACUUCUCUCUUUGGGUUAGGGUAUUGGUUUAAUAUCCAUAAUUUCUACUACUUCUUGAUAGUUCAGAUGAUUGCAGGUCUUUUCCAGGCAACUGGAUGGCCUUCAGUGGUUGCAGUAGUUGGGAAUUGGUUUGGGAAAAAGAAGCGUGGGCUGAUUAUGGGUAUUUGGAAUGCCCACACUUCUGUUGGAAACAUUACAGGAUCUUUGAUUGCUUCAGCUUUACUGAAGUAUGGUUGGGGUUGGUCCUUUGUCGUUCCUGGUCUCCUUAUUUCUUUUGUUGGGGUGGUGGUGUUUCUGUUGUUGCCAGUUACUCCAGCUUCUGUGGGAGCUGACAAAGAUGAUGAUGAUGAAAUGCAACCACCUAAGAAAAAUGCUGAGGGAGUAACAGAACCUUUAUUAGGAUCAGAGUCGGAGGUGGUUAAAGACAAACCUGUUGGGUUCAUUGAAGCAUGGAAAAUUCCUGGGGUUGCCCCUUUUGCUCUUUGCCUCUUCUUCUCCAAGCUGGUGGCUUAUACAUUUCUCUAUUGGCUUCCAUUCUACAUUACCGACACAGCAAUCGACGGUAAGUAUUUGUCCGAUGAGACGGCAGGUAGCCUAUCUACAAUGUUUGAUGUUGGAGGGAUAGUUGGUGGAAUUCUUGCCGGGUACAUUUCAGAUCGCCUGAAUGCUAGAGCCAUUACAGCAGCAAGCUUCACAUACUGUGCAAUCCCAGUACUUUACUUUUACCGGAGCUACGGAUAUGUCUCCUUGUCUAUGAACAUUUCCCUCAUGUUCAUCACUGGCAUGCUUGUCAAUGGCCCCUAUGCUCUUAUUACAACAGCAGUAUCCGCCGACUUGGGUACACACAGCUCAUUGAAUGGAAACUCACGAGCAUUGGCAACAGUUACAGCAAUCAUAGAUGGAACAGGUUCUGUGGGAGCUGCCAUUGGACCAUUGUUUACAGGUUACAUUGCUGCCAAGAGCUGGAAUGCAGUAUUUACAAUGCUGAUGACGGCCGCUCUGGUGGCAGGGCUUCUUCUAACAAGACUAGUGGUGGCCGAGGUGGCUGCAAAGAUUCAGUUUUCAGGGUCACAAGGUAGCACCCAGUCGAGGCCUGAAGCUACAGUGUGAUUUCUUAUUAAGGGUUGAAGAGGGUGUCGUGUGUUGUUCCUGAUGUUAUCAUCCAGAAUGUGUAGAUCUGGUUGAUUGCCCCUGAUGAUGAUAUGGAUGAAGGGGUGGAAUGACAAUGACAUGUUGCAGAACCUCUCCUUGCCUUUGAAAG